AUGUCGGAUACUUCACAUGCAGGCCCUAAGUGGAACUAUGAAUUUGUAACUUCAGGUGCUCCAAGACAACCAAAUGAAAGUUCUUUUAAAUAUAAUGUACGAAAAUUGUUUACAGUAAAAACAUUGGAAAGCUUGGCGGAAGAUCAACGAACUUCCGAGCUUAGAAAAGCUUUGAGUGUUUUUGAGUUGACGAUGAUUGGCUUAGGCAGUAUAAUUGGGACUGGGAUAUUUGUUUUGACAGGUCAAGCUGCUGCGACUAAGGCAGGCCCUGCUGUCAUUAUAUCUUUUUUAUUGGCUGGACUUGCUGCUAGUUUUGCUGCAUUAUCUUAUUCUGAGUUAGCCUCGAUGAUUCCAAUUUCAGGUUCAUCAUAUACUUAUACCUAUGCAACUAUGGGUGAGCUUAUAGCUUGGAUCAUCGGUUGGGAUUUAACUUUGGAAUAUUUGGUGGGUGCUGCUACGGUGUCUGUUGGGUGGUCUGGCUAUUUUACGCAUUUUUUUUACGAUGGUUUUGGUAUCCAAUUAUCUCCAUCAUGGACCAGCUCUCCGAUAAUUUUUAAUCAUACAAGCAGUGCCUUUGAACUAGUUCCUGGAGCUUAUUUCAAUGUUCCUGCCUUUACUAUCGUAGUUCUUUUGACUAUUUUACUUAUAAUAGGAGUUAAAGAAUCAGCAAGAGUUAAUGCAUUGGUUGUCAGCGUAAAACUUGUAGUUAUAAUAUUGUUCAUUAUUGCAGCUGGAACUCGUAUCAACUCUGAAAAUUACCAACCAUUUGUUCCACCCAAUGAAGGUUCAUUUUCUAAAUUUGGUAUUACUGGGAUACUAUCAGGGACUAGUGUCGUGUUCUUUGCAUUUAUCGGGUUUGAUUCGAUUUCAACUAUUGCACAAGAAUCUAAAAAUGCUCAAAGAGAUUUACCAAUUGCGAUUAUGGGCAGUUUCGGCAUUGUUUCUGUUAUUUACAUCGCUGUAUGUGUUGUGUUGACCGGUGUAGUAUCAUACAAGAAGCUUGACAGCCCUGCACCAUUAUCUGUAGCUGUUAAUGAAACAGGACUGAGAUGGUUAGGAGUUAUUGUGGAUCUCGGUGCAGUAUGUGGUCUGAUAUCUGUCAUUCUCGUAUCAUUGAUGGGACAACCACGUAUUUUCUUGGCGAUGGCAAAUGACGGUUUAUUUUUACCUGGAAUUGCUUCAAAAAUUCAUCCUCGAUUUGGUACGCCAUACAUAAUAACUAUAAUUGGUGGUGCAAUUUGCUCAAUAGCAGCUGCGUUGUUCCCAAUAGAUGUACUUGCUGAAUUAACAUCAGUUGGUACGCUAUUGGCUUUCUUCUUAGUAAAUAUAGGGGUAACAAUAUUAAGGUUUAAGGCCCCAAAUGCACGUAGAAACUUCAAAGUGCCAGGUGGACCAUUCUUAAUUCCAAUUACAGGUGCAUUAUUAACUCUAUUAAUAUUGGCAACUGCAUCACCUGCAAGUAUAGGUAGACUGUUUGUUUGGAUGGCAAUCGGAUUGGUAAUAUAUGCCUUUUACGGAAGGAGACGCUCUAAAGCUAAUAAUCCACAGUUGAUAGAUAAAGAACAUGCCAUGGAGAUGAGGCCUAUAAACGAGGGUAGUGAGCAAAGUGGAGACGCAGAGACUAGUCGUACUAAAAUUACAAAAAACGUUUAA